UGGGUAAUGGCAGCGCUGUGAGGACGGAGCGGGGCAGCGACCGCGGCCGAGGGCAGGAGCGAGGGAGGCCGGGCGGGGGUCGCUGACUCGGGCCCCGGGCCGCCAGAUUAACACUAAAGCCCCACAAUGUCCUUGAAACCACGAGUAGUUGACUUUGAUGAAACAUGGAACAAACUUCUAACGACGAUUAAAGCUGUUGUUAUGUUGGAUUAUGUUGAAAGAGCAACGUGGAAUGAUCGCUUCUCAGACAUUUAUGCUUUGUGUGUGGCCUAUCCUGAACCUCUUGGAGAGAGACUUUAUACUGAGACUAAAAUUUUUUUGGAAAAUCACGUACGCCAUUUGCACAAGAGAGUUCUGGAAGCUGAAGAACAAGUACUGGUUAUGUAUCACAGAUACUGGGAAGAGUAUAGCAAAGGGGCAGACUAUAUGGACUGUUUAUACAGGUACCUCAACACACAGUUUAUUAAGAAGAACAAAUUGACUGAAGCUGAUCUUCAGUAUGGCUAUGGAGGGGUGGAUAUGAAUGAACCUUUGAUGGAAAUUGGAGAGCUAGCUCUUGAUAUGUGGAGAAAAUUAAUGAUUGAGCCACUGCAGGCCAUCCUUAUUCGGAUGCUCCUCCGAGAAAUAAAAAACCCAAGCACUCCUCCUACAAGGCAAGCUGAAUAUCAACUUAAGCAUUUUUGUUCCAACACAAAAGGAAGCCGACAAGAUCUUGAAUUUGAUCGCUGUGGAGAAGACCCAAACCAGAAAGUAAUCCAUGGGGUUAUUAACUCCUUUGUUCAUGUUGAACAGUAUAAGAAAAAAUUCCCCCUAAAGUUUUAUCAGGAAAUUUUUGAGUGUCCUUUUCUGAAUGAAACAGGGGAGUAUUAUAAACAAGAAGCUUCAAAUUUAUUGCAAGAGUCAAAUUGCUCACAGUACAUGGAGAAGGUUUUAGGUAGAUUAAAAGAUGAAGAAAUGAGGUGUCGGAAAUACUUGCAUCCCAGCUCAUAUGGCAAAGUGAUUCAUGAAUGCCAACAGAGGAUGGUAGCUGAUCACUUGCAGUUUCUACAUGCAGAAUGUCACAAUAUUAUCAGACAAGAGAAAAGAAGUGACAUGGCAAAUAUGUAUACUCUGCUUCGUGCUGUGUCAAGUGGUUUACCUCAUAUGAUUCAGGAACUACAAAACCAUAUCCAUGAUGAGGGCCUUAGAGCAACCAGCAAUCUUUCUCAGGAAAAUAUGCCAACUCAGUUUGUGGAGUCAGUUUUGGAAGUACAUAGUAAAUUUGUGCAACUCAUCAACACUGUUUUGAAUGGUGAUCAACACUUUAUGAGUGCCCUUGACAAGGCUUUGACAUCAGUAGUUAACUAUAGGGAACCCAAGUCAAUCUGCAAAGCACCUGAGUUGCUGGCCAAGUACUGUGACAACUUGUUGAAGAAAUCAGCAAAAGGAAUGACAGAGAAUGAAGUAGAAGACAAACUUACAAGUUUCAUUACUGUUUUCAAAUACAUUGAUGACAAAGAUGUAUUCCAAAAGUUCUAUGCCAGAAUGUUGGCAAAAAGAUUAAUUCAUGGUUUGUCUAUGUCUAUGGAUUCUGAAGAAGCCAUGAUAAAUAAACUAAAGCAAGCCUGUGGUUAUGAAUUUACCAGCAAGCUCCACCGAAUGUAUACAGACAUGAGUGUUAGUGCUGAUCUCAACAAUAAAUUCAACAACUUUAUCAAAAACCAGGACACGAUUAUAGAUUUGGGAAUUAGCUUUCAGAUAUAUGUUCUACAGGCUGGUGCAUGGCCUCUAACUCAGGCUCCUUCUUCUACAUUUGCAAUUCCUCAGGAACUGGAAAAAAGUGUACAGAUGUUUGAAUUAUUUUACAGUCAGCAUUUUAGUGGAAGGAAGCUUACUUGGUUACAUUAUCUUUGUACAGGUGAAGUAAAAAUGAACUAUUUGUGCAAACCUUAUGUAGCCAUGGUCACAACAUACCAAAUGGCAGUGUUGCUUGCCUUCAACAACAGUGAGACUGUCAGUUACAAGGAGCUUCAGGACAGCACACAAAUGAAUGAGAAGGAACUGACAAAAACCAUCAAAUCUUUGCUUGAUGUCAAAAUGAUAAACCAUGACUCAGACAAGGAAGACAUAGAGACAGAGUCUACGUUUUCAUUAAAUAUGAACUUCAGCAGUAAACGAACAAAAUUUAAAAUUACAACAUCAAUGCAGAAAGACACACCACAGGAGAUGGAACAGACCAGAAGUGCUGUAGAUGAAGACAGAAAAAUGUAUCUCCAAGCUGCUAUAGUCCGUAUCAUGAAAGCACGUAAGGUGUUGCGACAUAAUGCUCUAAUUCAGGAGGUAAUCAGCCAAUCAAGAGCUAGGUUUAACCCAAGUAUCAGCAUGAUUAAGAAGUGUAUUGAAGUUCUGAUAGACAAACAGUACAUAGAGCGAAGCCAGGCCUCUGCAGACGAAUACAGUUAUGUAGCAUGAUGUUGCUAUCCUGCAGGUAUGAUUGUAAGGAGAUCAUUGCUGUCACUGUUUGGUGUGUUCCUGUGGGAAGAGGCAGGCCUGUGCCUCCAUAAUUGGUCACUUGGCAGCCCCUGUUUUUCUGCUGUUUACAACAUCACCAGUGCCAUGUCAUGAGCGUCAAUGAAAAUGCCUAUAGAUAUUUCAAGCUCAUGUCAUUAUGACAUUUCUUAAAACUUUACUAAAAGAAUGAGUGAAGUAUUGCUGAAAUGUGAUGAAUUGGUUGGGUACCAUGCUUUUUUUUUUUUUUCCCCUCCCCUUUCACGUUUGCAGUUGAUGUUUUUUAAUGUAUCUUAAGACAAAGUAAAAAAAAAAAAAAAUCACACAAAAAACCUAAAUAUUGUAAUAUGACAGAUAACCUAAUAAUUGUAUCUACAUUAAAAUGUAAAAAAAAAUGACGAACAUGAUACUGCUGCUUGUCAAAUAAAAAAAUAAAGUUAUAUAAUGUGUCUCGAAUGAUUGUAGAGCUGGAUAUAGCAUUAAUGUCUGUAAAUAUUAUUCAGGCCUGAAGAGUAAAAAUAAUGUUAUGUGUUUGGGUUUUGGAUAACCUCAGAAGUAGAUCUGACGUAAGAACUAAUUUAUAUAAAACUGAAUACCAGGUAUGUCAUGUUUGAUGUGAUUAUAAAAAAAUAUUUAUGGUUAAGUGCACAUCUUGUUUUCUUGAGAUUAGGCUGAUUUACAUUCUUAGUGCCUGAAGGCCUACUCUGUGUCUGUUAAUCUCGCACUGUAGGAAUACCUUACAAGAGAAAAUAAACUGACAUUUGAGGGGAUUUAAUAGUGUAGUUCACAAACAGGAAUAGUUAUCACAAACAUCAAAGAUAUAGUUCAGUGGCUUGUGAAACCACCUUCUUAAUGGGAAAACAUAUACCAGACUGGUAACUGAAAGCUGUUUUUUCACUAAUGUAUUAGGUAGAAACACUACAUGGAGAUCGGUACCUGUGUUUGUUUCCACAUAAGCCCGUGCAGCAUCUUGACUCAUAUGGUUGUUUUGAUUGUGUUUUGUUUUCCUCUACCCCAAUUAGAUUUCCAGCUAUUUGGGUGGGACAAGAGAUCCACGGGCUAUUUCAUGUCCUGUAUUGUUCGUCAGGGUUGGCAUGGUGACUGUUCACUCUCACAUAAGCCAAGUAUAAUUUUAUAAGGUUCUAGCUCUACCACUGGAAGUAACUGGAGUUUAAGAGCAUUGAGAGUUUGAACACACUGAAUCCCUGCUGCAGAAAAGAGCUUCCUCGUGGCUAUACUUGCAAUUAUGAUUGAUAGGAUAAAUAUUAAGUUAACUUUAAAUGUUCUAUUUUUGCCAAAUUUUAUUUGUGUGCAUAUGAAAAUAUAUAUGUAGAUAUAUACUAUUUGCAAUAUUUUUCUAGAUUGUGUGAUAACACCUACUAAAAGUCCACAGAUCAAGAAUUAAUUUUAGAGAAAAAAAUCCUUUGGAGGGAGCUUUUUCCUUUUUUCUUUUUCUAGUUCUUCACUGUAUGAAAGGUUUCUCUCUAACUCUCAGAUUAUUGCUGUCUCUUAUUUCUUAAGUGGCAUUGCAUUCAUAUGUUAUCUGGAGGAUAUAGGAAACUUUCUAUAAUUAACUAGGAAAUGAAUCAAGAAAUGGUACUAUGUUUUUCUGAUGUGGAUUUUGCUGAGGAUGAAUAAAGGGCAAUAAACGAUGAAGGUCAGUAAACA